CUCGAAACGUCAAUCAAACAAAAAGUCAUAACUUUCGCGCGUGUUAUUGAAGAAAUCUACAAAUGGAAUCUACUGUGUCGGUUUCUAAGGGAGUUUUCCUGUUCCCAAAUGGAUAUAAAAAAGGGAAAUCUAAUAAGAAGAAAAACAAUCAAGUAUUAUUCGAAAAGAUAUUUAGGAAUGAACUUUGGUACGAUACAUACAAACAGAACUGGUAUUACAUUGAAAAUGAACUGCAGGAACUCCAUCAUAAAACACAUAGUGUAUUGCUGAAUGAUAUAGUAAAUUACAUCAAGAAUCAUGGAAUCAGUGAGUCAUCAACUUUGGAAGGAAUCAUUCCUAGUGCCACUCUGUUGACUGGAGUCAAUCAACCAGACCAUGUAUCUCAAUUCACAUCACUUAUUGAUCUUAUUAGAAAUGAAGUGACUCCACAUGUUGCUUUAGUCAAUUCACAAGAUGCACCCAGUGUGAAACAUCUAGUAGAAAAUGCUGUUUGGCAGCUAAUUCAUGGGGAUCAAGUAAUGGAUUACGAUGAUGAUGAAGGAGUCAUUACUCAAACCAAGAAGUUACGAAAGAGUCAAUGUACUAUGAAAGCUUUAAGAAAUUGGUACAAUACUAAAUGUAUGUCAUCACCAAGAAAGAAGAAGUCUCAGCAAACUAGAAGAACUCUGGUUAUUAUAAUCCCUGAUUUUGAGAGCUUCAACUGUAAUGUUUUACAAGACUUUGUGAUGAUUGUCAGUUCUUAUGUAUCAACAAUGCCGAUAGUAUUCGUGUUCGGAGUGGCGACCUCAGUGUCGGCGUUACACAAGUCAUUCCCCUACCACGUGUCGUCUAAACUACUGAUCAAAGUGUUUCACUCACAUGCAUCACCGAUUUAUAUGAAUCAAGUGUUAGAGGACAUUUUCUUAACACACACAAGUCCUUUCCAUUUGUCUGGCAAGGCAUUUGAACUGCUCACAGAUGUGUUUCUUUUCUACGAUUUUUCUGUCACUGGACUCAUACAGAGUAUUAAGUACUGCAUGAUGGAGCAUUACUACGGCGACAAUACAAAGUCACUUUGCUGCGACAGAGACAAACUCGAAGACGUUAUAAUGCAGCUUACUGCAGAAGAUCUCGAAAGCAUACGACAGCUAAUGUCUUUCCGACCUUUCCUAGAGAAACAGGAUUGUAAAACCACGAUCAGUCUGUUCAAUGACGAUGAUUUCUUCAAAGAAGCUCUUUACAAGGAGAUGAAUAGAUUGCAUGAUUAUUUAUAUAGUUUCUAUAUGUGUUUGAGACUUCUAUGUGUGUUCGUAAAGGACUUGCCAAAGAAUAUGCUUGGGAAAUCUGUCCGUGAGAUAUACACUAAAUGCGCAUCAGAAAAUGUAACAGGCACGUCGGCGUUCAAAGAUUGCCUGCAGCUAUUAAAGUUUCAAUCACAAGUGAAGUUGGUUGAGAGUAUAAAGAGUGCCUUGAAGAUUGUCAACACGUACUUACAAAAUGCAUCGCCAGUCAAACCGUUGAGGUCUACAUCUUCAAAGAACAAUCUUAAAAACAUAACAUUAAGUGAUGAUCUUGGUGAAAACUUCGUAAAGUCUUUAAGAGUACAUUUAUUAACGUUUCUAAGGCAAAUAGAACAUGCCAACACUGAAACGACUGUCACCAUGUGUGCAGUGUCAGACACCGAAAAUGCAGAUGAAAAUUUUUCUGGAAAUAGGUAUAAAUUGAAAGAGAAAUUAUUAAAAGCGACGAGAUUGGACCGUGUCCAGUCCGAGUUUGAGAUGGUUCGAAGCAGGUUCGUGAGUUACUUGGAAGAGAUGUUCAGUAAGGGGCUGCAGCCGAUGCAGGGACAACCUUUCCAUGAACUGCUGGCCUUCAGUGACGUGGCAUCAGUACGGAAGAAUAUAGUGGGUGCGCCUCGAGCCGCCGUCCACACUGCACUCAGCAAUCCUGUACAGUACUUACAGUGCUCCUGCUGCCAGUUGCCGUCCACAGACAGUGUCAUAGACACACUACCGGACGUAUGUUUGGCGUACAAGUUACACCGCGAGUGUGGCAAGCACAUCAACCUAUACGACUGGCUGCAAGCAUUCGCUGCGGUGCUGAGACCUGAUGAUGACGACGAACAACGACACAAUGAUCCUACUAUACAGUUACGCUUCACUCGCGCUGUAGCUGAACUUCAAUUCCUCGGAUUCAUAAAGUCAUCAAAAAGAAAGACUGACCAUGUAAUGAGAUUGACUUGGUGAUUUUACUGUCCUGUCAUUUUUUCCUAAUUUAUUAAAC